GGGGUCGGGGGCCCAGCGCGGUCCCCCAGUCUGUGUACAUGAGCGCAGCUAGGAGGACCCCCUACACAGCAGGCGACAGCUAUGGGCUCCACAGUGGUGGCGAGUCUACUACUGGCCUCUUUAGCCUUAGUGGCCUGUCAGCAGCGCGAACACAAGGUGCACAACAUAGUGCUGUACCCUCACAAGCACUCUUGGUGUAAGACUACGCCGAUCAAGCAAGUAGUGGCGUACCCCGGCUGUGACUCCUUGGAGGUGGAGAACAAUGUGUGUGUCGGGGGUUGCUUCAGCUACAGCAUCCCUCGUACAAUACCCAGCAGUCCGGGCGAGGUGGUGCCAUACUGCGACUCUUGCCAGCCUAGCACUCACUCUUGGAGACAGGUGGCGUUAAACUGCUCGUCAGGAGAAUAUGAGGGCGAGAUGCUGACCAAGAUGGUGCAGAUAAUUGAGAACUGUACUUGUGCCAAGUGUAGCGGCCAACGAGAAGAUGAGCCGGUGAUAGGGGCGGACGACGAGACGGAGGGCGACGAACUGCCUGAGAAACCUCAGCUGAUGGAUAUCAUGGACACUACACCUCUCAAGUACAACUACACUGUGCUGUCCAACCAGACCAAUGACAAUGACACUUUCAUCAAUCACAGGACGAUGGUACUUCUAGGAGAGAUCAGUGAGAGAGAGGGAGAGGAAGUAGCUCAUGACCAAGUCGCUCUCAAGGAGAUACUGCACCAUGUGGAGGGUGAUGACCACAAGAUCAACGGAGUCAUUUUGAAAGACUUUGUACGAAAAGUUGAGGAAAAAGGACACAUGAACAUAAAUUUGGAGCGUUUACAGAGGGUGCUGGAAAAACUUGAACACGCAGAACACAAAUACAAGAAUGGACACAGACACCAACAUCAACAUAUGAUGGCUGGUCCACACCAUUCGCUGGUUCUACCGAGAGAUUCGCCGCCGGCGCCAGAGAUGUACCUCAAGCCAACACUGGACGUCCCGUCACACAUGCUCAAGCCGGCUCGCGACGGAGCGGAACUGAGUUACCACAACAACGAGAUACCAGACCAUCAUGACGAUGAGAUCAGCAGCGAUACUGAGUAACAGGAAACAUCCAACAGCUUAAACUUUAGAAUACCGGUACCACUAGAAACAACUAAUAAGCUGAAACCAUUAGGCAGCUGUGUUUAACAAUUAGCGAAGAAAUUUACAAAGAUUAGUCCUGAAUUGCAAAUUAUUUUCCAGUUGAAGAAAACUUAAACUUGCGAUAAAAUUAACAAUAGUAUGUGAUAUGUUGUGGGCAAAUUGACGCAUGUAGAAACUAUGGCCGUAAGCUGAGUGGAUUAUGCAGUCGCCUUUUUUAAUAUAACCCCUAUACUAGCACUGUAAUUUUCAAUAAUUCUAAGUAAAAAAGCAUAAACAAGAUUAUGAUCUAUUCACUACGUCGGCCCUACCGAUUUUAUUGCUUUAUUCCUAAGUUUACUGUAACACUGUGUUUGACUUCUUUUGAACACAGAAUCGUAAGGUUUGAAUUGUAGUAAUGCAUCCUUAAAUUUUUUAACUAACAUUUUAUUUUGAUGGUUAUCAUUUUUUUUAGUUCGGAACAAGUGUUGAUUAAGAGUGUGUUUAGAAUACUUCCAGGCCAUCAAUUAUUAACAAUUAUAAAUUUAGUAGUUUGAAGUUAUUCUAAAUCUGAUACAGACAUCAUUGUGCUUCCCUUGAUUAAAACAAAGCAUCACAUCAGAUUGAAGUAUUUUGAAAAGACUGUACUGGUUAUUCAGUGCUAAUGUAUGGCUAGGGUGACUGUAUAAAUCCAAGAUUAAAUAGCUGAUUGUUUUAGGACCGAGGACAUUGUCUCCAGAAACUUUUUUGUCAAAGUACUAUGCUGUUUCAUAGAGUUGAAAAAUACAAAAUCAAAAGAAUACCAAUUGCUUCGAAGUUUAAGUUCAAAUAUUCUUAGUACUUAAUACAUGUCACAGCAAACAUUGUGAUUUCAAAGUGAUAAUUGUAACGGUUAUAUCAAGCUUUAAUCUAGAUUUAGUUUUGUACAUAAUAGUUAACGUAAAAGACACCUUUAACAUUAGUACCGUACUACCCAGCAAAAUGUAAUAUUUUAACACUGUUCUUGACGGUUUUAUUUUACCUGUGUUAUGUUAAUCAGAAUGUUAUCUGGCAUAGCUUUAUACUGAUCCACCUUGUUUUCGAUGUCUUGUUUUCCAAAGCUAGCUAGUCAAAUACAUGUCUAGUUUUCUAUCAUUUGUAUUAUAUGAUAUUGAUAAUGUGAAAUCAAAGCUUUAAUUGAAUAAUGUAGUUGUAGUAUGUUGAGUUUAUUGUUUGAGAUUCAUUGUUGAGAUGGUGCAUUGACUUGGUACAGAGGAGGUUUAUCGGAAUCUUCCAUCAGUAAUGGAAUACAAUUGCUCAAUAGGUAGAGAAUAGAUUUCUUUGGUAUUAUAUAGUUUAAAUGUAUAUGAAAAGAUUUGUAAUUUAUUUAACUCGAUAGUUCCGUUUGAUUUAAAAAAUUUAAACCGUGACUGCAAGAGUGCAUAGGUUAAAAGGAAAGCUACGCUCUCAAUAAGUGAUGGAAGAUUAAUGAUGAACCUCUUAAAAUAAGUAAAUGUUGUAUUAAAUGAAAUAAACACUAAUUUUAUUUUGUUGA